UUCCAACCUGACGACACAAAAAUAAAGAAACUUCUUAACAGUCACAAAACAAGCAAACUUUCCUUUUUGUAUCCUUCUCCUUUGUCACCUCUCCUCUUACUUUUUAUCAAUAGGAAGUUUCCGCCAUUGUUACACUUCCUCUGUUUCUCUUCAUUCAUCUUUAAGCAAACCUCAAAACGAAUCCUUUAUUAUUACCAAUAUUCUCACUUGGGUCUUCUUCUCCAACACCAAAACCCAAGAAAAUGAAAAUCUUUCGCAAAACCUCACUUUCUCUUCCUCUGUUUAUCUUCUUCUUCCUCUAUGAAUCUUCCAUAGCUGCAGAUACACUCAGAAGAGGUGAAUCUUUAAGAGACGGUCUAAAUCACAAACCUUUAGUCUCUCCAAAAAAGACAUUCGAGCUCGGAUUCUUUAGUCCUGGAAGCUCCACGCAUCGUUUCCUAGGGAUUUGGUAUGGAAGCAUCGAAGAUAAAGCUGUGGUAUGGGUAGCAAACAGAGCAAAGCCGAUUUCAGACCAAUCUGGAGUUCUCACGAUAAGCAACGAUGAGAAUCUCGUGUUAUUAGACGGGAAGAACAUCACAGUCUGGUCUUCAAACAUCGAAUCAAGCACUAACAACAACAACAACAGAGUCGUUUCUAUACAUGACACCGGAAACUUUGUUUUGUCUGAGACCGACACAGAUAGAGUUAUUUGGGAGAGUUUCAAUCACCCAACGGAUACGUUUUUGCCUCAGAUGAAAGUUCGUGUGAAUCCACAAACCGGAGACAAUCACGCUUUUGUCUCAUGGAGAUCUGAGACUGAUCCUUCUCCUGGUAAUUACUCAUUAGGGGUUGAUCCUUCUGGAGCACCAGAGAUUGUGCUUUGGAAAGGAAACAAGACGAGGAAAUGGAGAAGCGGGCAAUGGAAUUCCGCGAUUUUUACCGGGAUUCCCAAUAUGUCUCUGUUGACGAAUUAUCUUUACGGGUUCAAGCUUUCGUCUCCUCCAGAUGAAACAGGUAGCGUGUACUUCACGUAUGUUCCUUCGGAUUCGUCGGUGUUACUUAGGUUUAAGGUUCUUUAUAAUGGUACUGAAGAGGAAUUGAGAUGGAAUGAGACUUUGAAGAAGUGGACUAAGUUUCAGUCUGAGCCAGAUAGUGAGUGUGAUCAGUAUAAUCGUUGUGGCAAGUUUGGUAUUUGUGAUAUGAAAGGCUCUAAUGGAAUCUGUAGCUGUAUUCAUGGUUAUGAGCAAGUUUCUGUAGGGAAUUGGAGUAGAGGUUGUAGAAGAAGAACACCGUUGAAAUGUGAGAGGAACAUUAGCGUUGGAGAGGAUGAGUUCUUGACUCUGAAAUCUGUGAAGUUGCCUGAUUUUGAGAUUCCUGCACAUGAUCUUGUUGAUCCUGCGGAUUGUAGAGAGAGGUGUCUGAGGAAUUGUUCUUGCAAUGCUUAUUCUCUUGUUGGUGGUAUUGGAUGCAUGAUUUGGAACCAAGAUUUAGUCGAUUUACAACAGUUUGAAGCUGGUGGAUCUUCGCUUCAUAUCCGUCUAGCUGAUUCCGAAGUAGGGGAGAACAAGAAAACCAAGAUAGCAGUGAUUGUCGCGGUUCUUGUUGGUGUGGUUCUGGUAGGAAUCCUAGCUCUGCUUCUAUGGAGAUUCAAGAAAAAGAAAGAUGUUUCAGGAGCAUAUUGUGGUAAGAACACUGAUACAUCGGUUGUUGUUGCUGAUAUGACCAAGAACAAAGAAACCACUUCGGCGUUUUCAGGAUCAGUCGACAUAAUGAUUGAAGGAAAAGCUGUUAACACAUCUGAGUUACCUGUCUUUUGUCUCAAUGCUAUAGCCAUAGCUACUAAUGAUUUCUGCAAAGAAAAUGAGCUCGGAAGAGGCGGAUUCGGACCAGUCUACAAGGGUGUUCUUGAAGAUGGACGUGAGAUAGCAGUGAAGAGAUUAUCUGGUAAAUCUGGACAAGGAGUUGAUGAAUUCAAGAAUGAGAUCAUUCUCAUAGCGAAGCUUCAACAUCGGAAUCUUGUGAGAUUACUUGGAUGUUGCUUCGAGGGCGAAGAGAAAAUGCUUGUUUAUGAGUAUAUGCCUAACAAGAGCUUAGAUUUCUUCCUCUUCGAUGAAACGAAACAAGCGUUGAUAGACUGGAAACUGCGGUUUUCGAUAAUUGAAGGGAUUGCAAGAGGAUUGCUUUAUCUUCACAGAGAUUCAAGAUUGAGAAUCAUUCAUAGAGACUUGAAGGUUAGCAAUGUGUUGUUAGAUGCAGAGAUGAAUCCGAAGAUCUCAGAUUUUGGUAUGGCAAGGAUCUUUGGUGGAAACCAAAAUGAAGCUAACACGGUUCGCGUCGUUGGAACUUACGGAUACAUGUCUCCUGAAUACGCGAUGGAAGGACUUUUCUCGGUAAAAUCCGAUGUUUACAGCUUCGGUGUAUUGUUGCUUGAGAUUGUAAGUGGGAAGAGGAACACAAGUCUUCGAUCUUCUGAACAUGGAAGCCUCAUUGGUUAUGCUUGGUAUUUGUAUACUCAUGGGAGAUCAGAGGAGCUUGUGGAUCCAAAGAUCAGGGUCACAUGCAAUAAGCGAGAGGCAUUGAGGUGCAUACACGUAGCGAUGUUGUGUGUUCAAGAUUCGGCUGCGGAGAGACCGAACAUGGCUGCAGUUUUGCUCAUGUUAGAGAGUGACACAGCGACGCUAGCUGCGCCUAGAGAGCCAACGUUUACUUCCAACAGAAGAAACUCUAUUGAUGUCAACUUUGCUCUUGAUUCGAGCCAACAAUACAUUGUUUCUUCUAAUGAGAUCACUUCUACGGUUGUUCUUGGACGAUAAGAUACUUUUGUUUGUUCUUUUGUAAAGUCUUUUUUUGUUUGUUUACAAUUGCUGUGAAAACGUAUAAUUUUUUUUGGUUAAUUAGGAUAAUAGAAUAUUGGUUGUUGAAACUUGAAAUUAUGUUGAUAAAGUUAAACGUAUGAAACUUGCGAGAA